GUACAGAUGCUUUAUAUGAUUGUCUGACUUUCUUGCAAGAAUAAACCCUGUUUUUUCUUAUUCUGCAAUACUCUCUGGGUUAUUGCCUCACAAUAAGAGAUUUUUCCAUAACAAGGAGACCGGCUCAGAGUGAAGUUCUCAUGGCGUCUCUCCAUACAUUGCUGAUUCUGUGCGUAUGUGCCACAGCCCUGUGUUUGCCAACAUCUUCACUCACAGGCAAUACAGAGAUUGAUGUGGAUAAUGGAGAAGAACAGGAUAUAUUUAAUAUAAAUGAAGCGGCAGGACUUGACCUGGUGGAAGGAGACAUUCUGAUGCAUGAGGGAGAAGACAGAAACACUAUUUUGAGUGAAAAGUAUCGCUGGCCGACCACUGUGCCAUAUGUCCUAGACAGCAGCCUUGAAAUCAAUGCCAAAGGUGUGAUACUGAAAGCAUUCGAGCAAUUCAGACUCAAGACCUGUAUUGAAUUUAAACCCUGGGAUAGAGAGCCAAACUACAUUUUCGUAUUUAAAGGCAGUGGAUGUUUCUCAAAGGUGGGGAAUCGAAAGAUGGGGAAACAAGAGUUGUCAAUUGGUGCAAACUGUGAUCAAUUAGCAACAGUGGAGCACGAGUUUCUGCAUGCGCUGGGUUUUUGGCACGAGCAGUCCCGAUCUGAUAGAGACGACUACGUCACCAUCAUGUGGGACCAGAUUAAAGAGGGUCAUAAGCACAACUUUGAUUUACAUGAUGAAAAGGUGUUAAGCAAACUCGGUGUGCCCUAUGAUUACAGUUCAGUCAUGCACUACAGUAAAACACACUUCAGCAAAGGCAGUAAGCCAACCAUCGUUACCAAAAUACCAGAAUUCUUGGAUGUGAUUGGUCAACGCAUGGAGUUUAGUGACAGUGACCUGCUCAAGCUGAACCGGCUAUACAAUUGUACUACAGCCUCAACUUUUCUGGACUCUUGCCAGUUUGAGGAGCCGAAUAUCUGUGGUAUGAUCCAGGGUGAUGGUGGAAAUGCCAAGUGGGCUCGUGUAAAAAGAGUAAAGGGUGGUCCACAGAGAGACUACACCAAUCUGGGUCAAUGUAAAGGGGUUGGGUUCUUCAUGCAUUUCAGCACAGCCACAGGAACCCAGGGUGACAAGGCUUACUUGCAAAGUCGCCUCUUUUACCCCAAAAGACGGUCCCAAUGCCUGCAGUUCUAUCACUACAACAGCGGGGGCGUCGAUGACCAGCUAAACAUCUGGGUGCGUGAAUACACCACUAAAAACCCCAAAGGAGCCCUGAGACUCAUUCAGAAGAUCAGUGGUGGACGUCAAGGCUCCUGGGAACUAUACCAUGUUACACUAAAUGUCUCUGAUAAAUUCAGAGUAGUGUUUGAAGGAGUUAAAGGAAGAAAACCAUCAAAGGGUGGUCUGUCUCUGGAUGACAUUAACCUCUCAGAGACAAAGUGUCCUCAAUACACUUGGCGCAUUCGUGAUUUUACCAGGCUUCUUGCUACAACCCCUGCCGGUUCCCAAACCUACAGCCCCCGCUUCCUAUCCCCAGAUGGUUACUCAUUUCAGAUUGGUUUGUACAUUAAUGGCUUGAAGGAUAGUCCAAAUAAAAUGGCAAUCUACUUCUACCUGACCUCUGGACCCAAAGACAACAAACUCCAAUGGCCAUGUCCGUGGCGUCAGGCAUCCAUGGAGCUGAUGGACCAGAAUCCAGACAUCCAACACCGCAUGAACAACAUUAGGAUGAUCACUACAGAUCCAGCCAAGACCUCCACUGACUCCAAGUAUUUUUGGGGCAACCCACGAAAAGUAGGCAGUCUAGUCACUGACGCAGAUGGCAGUAGAUACUACCGGGGGCUGGGUCACCGUACCAACAAUUUCAUCACACAUGGUCAUCUGAAGAGUCGAAACUUUAUUAAAGGACAGGAUGUCAUCUUCCUCCUGUCCCUUGAAGAUGUGACUGGACUUUUGACGACCAGGAGACCAAAAAUAAGAGACCUGCAAUUAGAAAUUGAUGACCGUGAUGCGGAGGAGGAGGAGCCAAAGAGACAGAUGGUUAACCCAAGAGUUCCUUUUAAAAGGACCAUGGACUAAAAGAUCCCCAUGAGAUGCAGGAUACAUCAUGAAGCUUCAAUGGAGAGAGAGAGAGAAAAAAAAAAAAAAAAAUUUUUCCAGAAUUUGCCAGAUUGGUGUCUUCAUUACUGAGCUGGAGCGACUGGAUCAUAAUUUGCAUUAAAAAAACAAAACAAAAAAAACAAUACUAUUGUUUACAAUACUAAACAAUACUAAACAGUACUAUUCUCAAGAAACUUUAUUACUAGAUUACUAGCACUUCUGAUGUUCAUUGCCUCCUUAAGAUGAAUUUAUUCUUGUAUUCCUCAUUUGUAAGUUGCUUUGGAUAAAAGUGCCUGCUAAAUGAAUAAAUGUAAAUGCAAAAUAAAAAGCAAAAAAAAUAAAUAAAAAAGAGCACUUGAUCAAAAGAAGUACUCAACCAUUAUUGCUCA